AUGAUAACUAAUGUUUCUUCUCGGAGGUUAUCUUGGGGUAUGAGGGGUAUCUUUCGAGCUAGUAAUCUUCUGUUCAAGGGUUGUGAUUGGAAAAUUGGAAAUGGUAAGAAAGUUUGGGCUGGUAAGGAUAGGUGGGUCAAUGGAAGAGUACCUGAGUUUAAAUCAAAUGUCACACUACUCAAUGCAGCGACAUGGAAAGUUAAUCAUUUUAUUCUUCCUAAUGGUUCUGGUUGGAAUCUUAAUCGGGUUCAUUCUUGUUUUGAGUUUAACGACGCCAGGGAAAUUGUGGCAACAGAAUUGCCUUCUACUAGUGUUGAAGAUUUUCUUUACUGGCGUUUUCACAAGUCGGGUAAGUUUACUGUUAAAACAACAUAUGCAAUGUUAGCAGUGGAGGAUUAUGGGUUGGCACAGGCCCAUCCAGGUUUGGAUUUUUUUAAGAUUUUGUGGGCUCUUAAGAUCCUCCCAAAAUGGAAGGUUUUUUUGUGGAAAUUGUUUCACAAUGGAAUUGCUUCAAAAGUGAAUGUUGGAAAGAAAGGAGUUCAGUUGUCUCUUACUUGUGAUUUUUGUGCAAAAGAUAACGAGGAUAUUCAGCACAUUUUCAGGUUUUGUGACUGUGCGAAACGCGUUUGGAGGUAUGGAUCACUUGCGAUCCAUUCAGAAAUCAAUGAGAACCUUUCCUUUAUUGACUGGGUUCUCUACUUUAUCCGGCUUUUUCAAUGCCAGGAUGGGAAGAAUAGUGUUAGGGUUAUUUAUUUCAUUGCAACACUUUGGGGUCUUUGGUUAUCACGUAAUAACCGAAUAUUCAGGAAUGAAAGGGGUGAGGUUCUCGCAGUGUAUAUUAUUAUCAGGGAAGAGAUACAAGGAAUAAUGUCUUUCAUUCAGGUUGAUGGAUCUUGGAAGAAGAAUACUCGGAUAGCUGGAAUGGGUUGGGUGCUUAGUAAUCCUCUGAUAACAUCGGAUAGGAUCUUAGGUGGAGCUUCUGUAGGGACAGCGAAGUCAGCUCUUCAAGCGGAGGUCCUUGCAUGUUUGUUUGCACUUAGAUGGAGCAUUACAGCUACAGUUCGACAUAUUACUGUUCUAACGGAUUCUCAUAUGUUGGUUGAAAUGCUUCUCCAACAAAGCACGAUUGACAUUAACCUGCUUUGGACCAUAACUGAGAUUAAGCGUCUGGGAAGAAUGUUCGACUGGUGCAGCAUCCAAAAGGUAGGUCGAGAUCAAGUUCAAGGUGCUCACGACAUUGCAACCUCUGCAGCUGCAACUUCUAUUUCUUUUGCUUUCUUUCCUUAA